GAAUAUUCCCAUUUGCAAAUCACCGAUGGCUACCUCGUACAAGGCGGCAACCACGACCGAGGCGGCGGCGACUCCAUUGCCGUUUCUGUCAAAGGAUACCAAGCACUUGCUCAGUGGCGGCGUCGCUGGAUGUGCGUCACGAACGGCUGUGGCGCCAUUGGAACGCCUCAAGAUCCUGUACCAGGUGCAGGACGUGAUGAAGCGCGGCACCGAACCCAAGCAGUACACUGGAAUGGCCCAGUCCCUUCGAAAGAUCAUGGUGGAAGAAGGAUGGCGCGGGAUGUUCAAAGGCAACGGCGCCAACUGCGUCCGCGUGUUUCCCUACACUGCCAUCCAAUUCGCCGCGUUUGAACGCCUUCGUCCCGUGCUGGCCGAGCCUGGGGCAACCGACCUCAGCCCAUUGCGCAAGCUGCUGGCCGGGUCCAUCGCCGGUGUUGUUUCCGUCGCCUUGACGUAUCCUUUGGACUUCAUUCGAGCUCGCAUCACUGUGCAGGGCAACUUGACCACGCAGCACUACAACGGCAUCCUUCAUGCAUUUCAAGUGACGAUUCAGCAAGAAGGAGUCAAGGGAUUGUAUCGGGGGAUGUCGCCGACCAUCGUGGGCAUUGCGCCAUAUGUGGGACUCAACUUUAUGGUGUUUGAGAGCUUGCGGCAAAACGCACCCAAAGAUGAAUUUGGACGCCAGGACAUGCUGUACUUGCUCGGGUGUGGCGCCAUUGCCGGAGCUUGUGGGCAAUCGGCCGCGUACCCAUUUGAUCUGAUGCGCCGCCGGUUCCAGCUCAAUACGUUGAGUGAAAAGCAAUACACGGGCACGUGGGACGCCGUGCGCAGCAUCUACCAAUCCGAGGGCGUCGUGGGCUUUUACAAGGGCCUGGUGCCUAACUCGGUCAAGGUCAUUCCGUCCAUUGCUGUCAUGUUUGUCACGAACGAAGCGUUGAAGCGAUACUUGAUGGAGUAGGACGUUUUAACCUAAUGAACCUGGUGGUGCCUGC